AUGGCAAGCCAUGCCCCGACACGCGAAUUGCGAGAAAGAUGUCUCUCUACCUUCAACGUACCAUACCAUCGAUUCACAAUACAAAAACUCAGCAAGGUACUCGAUCACUCUGGACAGGAUUACCCUAAACGGUCGACCAAAGAAACUCUGUACGACAUUCUCGAGGAGUACAGUCGGAAUAAUGAUAUCACUAAAGACAUGGAGAUGAUUGGAAGGUUUGGAAGGGCUUUAAUGGUAGGAUGGCGCGGAAUUGGUCCUAUCUCCAAGUAUUACAAAAAUACGGAUAACCUUGCCGAUUAUGCGGAUGAUAAAAUAAACGACGUCGACGAAUUCGGUCUUGAUCGGAUCGAUGAUGAUGCUGAAUCAUUUACUGGUCUCGACUCUGAUGAGACGGACCUUGACUCGACUCACGACAAUUCCUCUUCUACCUCUGUUUCCAGCGACCCAGAAGUUGAAGUUGGAGAUUCUGACCCUAACUCCAACUCCAACAAUGAACUAAUCAAGGCUCCGAAUGCAGAAGAAAUUGUGGAGGGAAACCAACAAGAGCAACGUGGUCUGAAGAGACGACGAGUCACCAAGCAUUGCGUUGUCUGUUUGGAAGACUGCGAUGUAGACACCUUCCCAGAAGACAAGCUAACAAACUCUUGUUCUCACGAAAUCGAUGUAUGUAUUAUGUGCGUUUCUACGCAUAUUGAUACACAGGUCAAGGAUAAUCCUACUAGGGUUGCAUGUCCUACAUGCUUAGAAACUCUGGGGUUUGAAGCAGUCAGGUUGUAUGCAUCUGCAGAAGCAUUUGAGAGAUACGACCACCACACCCUACUACAAAGUUUCAAAGACGAUCCACUAUUCACCAUGUGUUUAGGCCCGAAUUGCAGCUCCGGCCAAUUCCACUCAGGCGGCUACGAAGAACCAAUCAUGACCUGCACCACCUGCCACUUCAAGACCUGUUUCGUGCACAGGCUCCCCUGGCACCCCGAGCAGACCUGUGCCGAGUUCGACGCGCAUCAGAAUGGGUCUGCCGAACGACUCGAGCAGGAAGCGGCGAGUGAAAGGUACGCGGUGCCGAUUCGAGUUUUGCUGGCUUUGUCUAGCGUCGUACACGGAAAUAAGAAAUCAUGGGAACAACAGACAUAA